AAAAACCCAGAAGUGAUGAUGCAGUGGAAGUACAAGUAAAUGGGAAUCUUAUCAGAGAACCUGACCAUAUGGAAUUGGAAGAAGAUAGGGCUGGACAGCUUAACAUGCGUGGAGUUUUUCUACAUGUCCUUGGAGAUGCCUUGGGAUCAGUGAUUGUAGUAGUAAAUGCCUUGGUCUUUUACUUUUCCUGGAAAGGUUGUCCUGAAGGGAAUUUUUGUGUGAACCCAUGUUUCCCUGACCCCUGCAAAGCAUUUGUAGAAAUAAUUAAUAGUACUCAUGCAUCGGUUUAUGAAGCUGGUCCUUGCUGGGUGCUAUAUUUAGAUCCAACUCUUUGUAUUGUAAUGGUUUGUAUACUUCUUUACACAACUUAUCCAUUACUUAAGGAAUCUGCUCUUAUCCUUCUACAAACUGUUCCUAAACAAAUUGAUAUCAGACAUUUGAUAAAAGAACUUCGAAAUGUUGAAGGAGUUGAGGAAGUUCACGAGUUACAUGUUUGGCAGCUUGCUGGAAGCAGAAUCAUUGCCACUGCUCACAUAAAAUGUGAAGAUCCAACAUCAUACAUGCAGGUGGCUAAAACCAUUAAAGACGUUUUCCAUAAUCACGGAAUUCACGCUACUACCAUUCAGCCUGAAUUUGCUAGUGUAGGCUCUAAAUCAAGUGUAGUCCCCUGUGAACUUGCCUGCAGAACUCAGUGUGCUUUGAAACAAUGUUGUGGGACACUGCCACAAGCCCAUUCUGGAAAGGAUGCAGAAAAGACCCCAACAGUUAGUAUUUCUUGUUUAGAACUUAGUAACAGUCUAGAGAAGAAGACCAAAAGGACUAAAGCUGAAAGCAUCCCUGCUGUUGUGAUAGAAGUUAAAAACAUGCCAAAUAAACAACCCGAAUCAUCUUUGUGAGUCUUGAAAAAGAUGUGAUAUUUGACUUUUGCUUUAAACUGCAAGAGGAAAAAGACUCCAUUGAAAUUGUUUGCCAAGUAGUGUAAUUGAAGUCCUUGUCUGGUCACACAGUUUAAUUCUAUUUUUGUAAGAACAUAAUGGGGACUACAUAACAGAAUUCUUUAUUAUAACCUGGUGAUUAUUAGUGCAGAGUACAGCUAUCCUGUAACACCUUUGGAAAACCAGUUUUAACACUAUGUUACAUUUUUGUUUAAGUAUAAGAACCUUAUAUAUAACGACAUUUGAUUUCCGGUUUUCCCAUGAUAAAAAUUAGGGGGAUAAAUAAAAUUGUUACUGGAAUUUUUCUGCUUUUCUUUCCCCCCGGUAUUAUACUUUAUUAGAACUAUAAUUACUAAAACUUUAAAAUCAUCAAAAAUUUGUUUCCUUUGACAUUUUAGGUAAUAUUUACUUAGCCUUUAAGAUCAUUACAUAGCAUGAUGGCAGCAUAUUUUAAGAGUGACUCAUGACUAUUAGUAAGAAAUAAGAUCAGUUACUAUCCUGUAUUCUAUAUUGCUGAGUAUUAAUCUAAUGAACAGUGAGAUAGAUAAUAAAUUGAACUACAGUUUACAAACAAUAGGGCAUAUGAGGGGAGAGUAGGAGCAGGGAAGAAAGUUUACCAAACUAAAUAUUUAGAUCAUUGUAUGUUAAUAUUCAGACUACAUUUCUAAAUUAUUUUGAGAAUUUCAACUUGUUUUCUACCGAAGUUAAUCUAAAACAUGGACUUGUUCACCAGCAUUACUUUCUUGGAAAGAUUGGUAUAGAAACAUUGAGCUGAAAGUUUACUCACAAAAUAAAUAUUUUUAAGAAUGUUAACAUCUAAUAUUACAUGCUAAAUGCAAGCUAUUAACGUAAUCCUUUAAACUGGAUAUUUGUAAAAAAACUUUCAAAGUCAUUUCAUGAUGAUCAGUCAUGAAUGGACUUAAACGGAGCUUUUUGAGCACAACCAGCAAUGCUCGUGCUUUGCCAAGAGCCAGACUUAAGGAAAACAAUCAGAAAGUUAAUGCAAUUUGUGUAUUAAAUUCUUAGAAAAGAAAAUUAAGUUUCUAUAAGUCAUCUGUCUUGACAUUGCUCAGAUCUUCCAAUAGUGGCUUAUUUUGUAAGAUGCCACGAUAUCUACACAGGAAAAUAUUCUUGGCUAUUUCAUUAUUGCUGUAGAUUUCAGAUUCAACGCAAAUAUUAUUUAAGGGUAUUUAAGUUAUAUUUUUCUUGAUAGAGGGGGGUAUGCUUUGUGAUGAAAAUGUAGGUUUUUGUCUUCAAGGAUUAAUAUUAAUAUCAGUUAUCAUGUAUAGCUCUAUUUUUCUAGAAACAAGUAUUCUGACUACUUCAGUAACUUUUAUAGCUGACUACUUUUGGGAUGGCUACCUUUGAAACAAAUUCAUUGCUUAGUGGGUGAUAAGAGGAAAGUGUUAGAAUUUGACAGUUAAUUUUUAAAGGGAUAAUCUUUUGUGGUGUUUUUUCCUAGUAUAAGCCUGUUGCUGGCAAUGGGCCUGUUUGAGAACAGCUGAUUUUUUUUCCAAUGAGAAUGUGGUAAUUUUAGGAACAUAGUUUGUAAGUUCACAUUUACUAUAAUGGGCCAAAACCAUAACCUGCCAGUUUGCAAUACAUCUUGGUCUUUUAAUACUCUUAUCUGAUAUUGUGUGAUUCCGUUCUUAAACUGAUAGUUAACGUGAAUUUUGCAGAAAGAUUUGAGUUUGCUUUUUUUAAAAAACAUGUAAUUGGGGGAAUCUCAUCUGGGUGAACAAGAGAGCUGCGAACGAAUUGUACUGUAUCAUGUACAUUCCUAAUUUAACACCUUACAGGACAUUUUAUUAAGAUCUCAAAACAAUUUGUUAUAUAAACAUUUCAGGAAUGAUACCAGGAUUACUGGUAAAAUAUAUUACGUUCAGUGGGGUUUUCUUUACAAAUGCUCUAUUUGAGGUCUGUGUCUUAAAGGUGGUAUAACACCUAAGUAUAAGACAUCAAGUGAAUGAGGAUUUUUUUUUUAAUGGUAUAUUAGCAUGGGACAAGGGCUAUGUAAUUUUUUUUUCUAAAGUGCUUUGAAGAGAACAGCCUUUAGGUUUUAGUGAUUCCACUUUUCAUAAUUUUUAAGUAACUUAUAUGUAACAAAGUGGUACUAUAGGAUUUUCUUUUUUCAAAGGACUUUGUCAUGGCAAAAUCAGUGGGCACGGGCUCACCUUUUGAGUUUUAGCAAAGAAUUAUUUAUUUCUUUACAAUGCACUUUCUAACCCAUUUUAGCUAUAUUAGCAUUAUCUUUUUUUUAGAAAAAAGACAUGCUUUAUAUUUAAAUAUUGUGGGAUUUAAGAGUCUUUUUCAAAAUAGUUAUUCUUUUCUGAAAGAAAAUGAGGGAAAUAACCUGAAUUAUUAGGAAACUUAAACCCAAUAUUUAAAUAUACUGUUUUAUAACACUGCAUCAGUUUUAGGAGUUGCAUCUCUCCUGCUGGCUCUUUUAUAUUUGAGCAAGAUCAGUGUAGAAUAUGUGUUUAGAAACUUGUCUGUUGUCUCAGUUUAGUGAAAAGGGGGUGGUGCUGCAUGUGCCUGAAUUAAAACCAACAAAUUUUUCCAAGCCAAAUGCAGCCUUAGUGAUGAGAGAUUUAAUUCUCCAUUGGCACCUUUUAGCUUGUAUGAUUGCUUAGUUUUUUUUUUUUUUCCUGAAAAGUAUCUGCAUUGUGAAAGCAUAGAUUAGAACCUAAAAAGCCAAAUUCUCAAAGACUUUCCUGUAUGUGUUUUAAUGUUUUAGAGAACAUAUUGAAUAACUAAGGUGUGUAAUUUGAAUAGGAAAAAUUUCCAUCAAGUGCACCUUGGAAAAAUCACAGUGGAUAGAAGGCUGUGUUAAUACGUUUGUGUCUUGUUAGCAUUUUUGAAAGUUGUGAGGAAAAAGACUGAUGGAACCUAUUGUGAAAUAUUUAGUAGGUUAACUGGUAUUGAGUUGAAGAUUUUUACUGUUUAUAUGCAGAAGUUAUUUGAAUGAUAAAAAUGUCAUUAGCCUGCUGUCUUAAGAUGUUCACACAAAUAUGGAGAGUAAUUCUACAAUAUAAAAAUAUUUAUUUUAGUACUGAGUUUCAGUUAAGUCAUAAAACAGUGUUAAAACUCUUGGGAAUGCGGGGGGGGUUUUGGUUUUUAAAUUGAAGCUGUGUCAUACAGUGUUUCACCGUCUCUGAAAUGAGAAUUGUAAUAGCACUAUUUUGAUGUAGCUCUACCAAUAUUAUGUGAUGAUGCUAUUUUGUUUUACUAACAAGCUCUGGAAUACUUAGCAGUCAUUUUCACUGGCACAAGAGCCUUUUGUAUGUUAUUCAAUUUAAACUUUUAAACCAAAAAUUUUAUGGUCCAGUGUCUUUGGCAAAAAGAUGCUGGAGGGAAUGUAACAUACAGUUAAUGUGUGGUUAUAUAUUAAAAAAGACACAAAUUGCCAUGUUAUGGUUCUGCCUUGAAACAGCACAAUGAAGUGUAUCAGUGUAUUCUGUGAUUCUUUAUGAAACUUCCAUAUUGUGUUGUUUUGUGUCUGCUGUCGCUUGUCCUUUGGGCCAGAUGUGGCGCAGUUAAAUGCAGUUAUCAUCUUGUUAAAUGCAGAUGCAAUGUCUUUAGUGCUGCAGCGUUUCCUAACUUUUUGUAUGUUUAUGACUGUGUGUUAUUUUCCAAAGCUGUUCCUACCUCACCAUGAGGCUUUAUGGAUUGUUAUGUAUUAUAAAUGUUCUAUAUGAGACAGACUACUGUGUUUCUUCUCAUUUGUUAAAAGUUAAGUAGAAAAAUAAACUAAUUUUAAUAUCUA